UGGAUAAUGUGUCGUGUGUUAUCAUCCUCCGUCUCUCUUCCACCAGAAGCAGACGUUUGUUGUUGUUCUCUUGGCUCCAAACGUAUGAACCAGAACAAAAGGCUUUUUCGAUACUUCCGUGUUGCAAACCCUAGAUUAUAUCUCCAAUCAAUCUCGUGAUUUAGAAGAAACGCUAAACCGAUCAUCAUUAUCAUGGACUGCUCAUGCAGAACUCGCCCUUCCUCUCUCCUCAUCUCUUCCGAACCGUCUCUUCGCUUCCCUCCCUCGAAUCUCAGCUUACUGGUGCCCAAAGAAGCGAAGCUGGUGAAGCAGCAGCGAAUGGUAGUGAGGAGUUGUUCUUCUGGGUCUGCUCAAAACGGCGACGUUGAUGGGUUUUCUUUAAAGCCAAACAAACUCUUUGUGCAAGAGGCGAUUGGAGCUGAGUAUGGAGAAGGGUUUGAGACUUUUAGGCAGGAUGGUCCUCUUAAAGUCGAUGUGGAUUUCUGGAAUGAGAAACUGCAAGAUGGGUUUCUUCAAAGGAUACGUUACGCAAUGAAACCAGAUGAAGCCUAUGGACUUAUCUUCUCUUGGGACAAUGUCGUGGCUGAUACUCGAAGUUUGAAGUUGGAUGCUUGGAAGCAGCUAGCUGCCGAAGAAGGAAAAGAAAUUGCGGAGGAGAAUGACAUUCAAAGACUGAUGCUUUAUGCUGGCGCUGACCAUGUGCUUAGUAAGGUCUUGUUUUGGGAAAAGACGCAAAGCAAGAUCGAUACAUUGAAACUCAAGCUAUCAGAAAUAUACUAUGAUAAUCUUCUCAGGCUCACAGAACCAAAGGAAGGACUUAAAGAUUGGCUCGACGCUGUCACAAAUGCUCGCAUUCCCUGUGCUGUUGUCUCAAAUCUUGAUCGAAAGAACAUGAUGAAUGCUCUUGAACGGAUGGGGCUUCAAAACUAUUUCCAGGCUGUAGUUUCCGAGGAAGAUGGUAUGGAAUCUAUAGCUCAUAGGUUUCUUUCUGCUGCUGUGAAGUUGGAUAGAAAACCUUCCAAAUGUGUUGUGUUUGAGGAUGAUCCAAGGGGUAUAACAGCUGCUCAUAACUGUACUAUGAUGGCGAUUGGAUUAAUCGGUGCUCAUAGAGCGUAUGAUCUGGUUCAGGCUGAUCUUGCUGUUGGAAACUUUUACGAGCUAUCAGUGAUAAACCUCAGAAGAUUAUUUGCAAACAAAGGCUCUACAUUCAUGGAGCACGAGAAGCAAAUCAUAGAAAAAUCGCCGCCCAAAAGAAAGCUAACCAUUGAUACCAUAUUCUAAAGGCAUUGGAUCGUGGUAUAUAGUAGUUAGGUUUAGGUUCUUGUCGUUAUGGUUUUAUAUGUUUGACAUUAUAUGUUUAAAUACUAGAAGGAGAACCGUAUUGAUUGAGUUAAAUUCAUAGCUUAUUAUCGCUGUUUCUCUGGUAUAUAUGGAUUCUUCAAGAUCAAUGUUUAUAUCUCCUUGCGUU